UUCCAGGGAUGGGGCAUCCACAACCUCUCUGGGCAACCUCUUCCAGUGCCUGACCACUCUCCCAGUGAAGAAUUUUUUCCUAGUAUCUGUUCUAAAUUAAUGGCCUUGCUGAAGUUAGUUAAGUGUAUUCAGAAGUUCAUGAGGUGAAUAUGAUACAAGUUUUGUAGGGAGCAUCUGUCAAACAUAUUAAGUCCUCAAACAAACACUUCUUAUACUUAGGGGGCUCCUAUGAGCCAUUUCAUGCCACUUGAAUGCUUUUUUUUUUUUAGGUGAAAUAGCAUGCUUUUGGAAUGCAUUAAUUUGUGUGCUAAUAAACUAGCUAUUGAUAUAUAUUUUAACAGAGGAAUGUUUCGUAUUCAAAACUACUACCAUUCCCAGAAAAUGUUCUUUAGAUUUUUUUUUCUUCCCCCUCUAUGUGACUUAAGAGCAAUUUCGGGAAGUUUAAAAACUGCAGAAUGAUGUGGAUGUGACAGUACAUUUUGAUUAUGUUUUGAGACUAACAUUUUUUUCUACUGUUUGUUAUGAGAUUUUUGGUGUAGGUUGCAGUAAAGCUUAAAAGGGUGGUAUGAAAAACUAGUUUGUCAGUGUUCAGACCUACAUCUUAGUGUGAAAAUUUGGCAUAAUUGAUAGAGGUAUAGUUUCUCAUACCCUGAUACCACACAUUUUUUUAUUCAAGUAGUUGAUCUUUGUUGAGUACAAUACUACAAAUACUCUGUCAGGAUUGUUCUUCUCUCAUGUAAAGUUGGAGUUUUUAGUUUGCAAGUUACUAAUAAUUUAAUGGGCCUUAACAUGUGCCUAGCAAUUGUACCACAGACUUGUCUAUACUUUGCAAAUGAGGUCUUUGGCUAUUUUCUCAGUUGAGAUGGAAAGAAAGCUGUGUUACUUUCUCUAGGAGUGUGAGUGACAGUUGUAUGGUAGUUAUGUGUUUUGGGGCUUAUGAACACAUGUGCCAAGGUGAAUUCUGAUGGGUAGAUCUUAAUAAUCACAAAUGAUACAUCUAAAUAUUCUUUGUUAACAAACCGAAGCAAACUUAACCUUCAUUGUACUUUUCUUCCCAUAUUACUUCACUUGAUUUUGAAGAUACUUUGGAGUAACUGCAUGUUUGAAUAUAAAGCAGUAUGAUAACCCCGGGCACCAGCUGUUAUGCUUUUCUGUGAGGAAAAAAAAAAAAAAAAAAGUUUUUAGAAAUAAUAGGUUUAUUCUUGCUGCAUGUUUUGUUAAAAUUACAGUUUGAAGCAGAAAUGCGUUUUUUCUUCUUCAGAUUUCUAGAUUAUUAGCUACUCGAACAAACAAGAUCAGCUUAUGUUUAAUGUAUUACAUCAGGUACUUCUGCGUUCAGUCCAAUGGAAAUAGAUUGUGGCAAACAUGUGGCUGCAAGCCAGAGAUGGUUUUGUUACAGGUUUUAAUGUUUUUGCGAAAUGGAGAAGAGUAAUCUUUGAAGCUUGUCAACUAAAAGUAUAUAUGGUCAAAGAAGAUGUUCAUUCUCCAGAGUUUAUAGACUUAAAGAGCUGCAUAUUGGACAUCAUGAGUUUGUCAUCUCCAGUCAGCUAUGCUGUCACGGAAGCUAAAUGCUUACAUAAUGCCAAGUGUGAGUCACAGUUACUACAAAAUAGCAAUGAAUCAGAAUUGGAUGCUGCUGAAGAUCUGAGAAGGAAACUCUGUCAAGCUAAAAAAGAAAAAUUAGAUUUAACCAUUAAACACAAUCAAGAACUGUCCAACUGUGAAAGCCAGAUAGUCAAAUUACGGUCGGAAAUUGAGAAAGGAGAGGCUCUUCGACAAAGUCUGGAGUAUGAACUGGCAAUUGCCAGAAAAGAUGCUCGUCUGAAAACAUAUGCUGCAGAAGAGGAGUUAAGUGAUGCAAAAAACAAACAUGCGGAACUGCAAGUAUUGAAUGAAAAACUUCAGCAGAAAGUGGCAGAGAGUGAGAAAAUGUUUCAUAUUGCUCAGCAGAAGUGGAAAGAACAACAGCAAAGGCUUGCAAGUGAGAAGGAUGAUAUCCGCAGAACUUGCAACAGUGAAUAUGAAUUGCUUCUUAAGGAAAGAACCAAACUAGAAAGUGUUUUGCAGGAGCAGAAUAACACAUUGCAAAAUAUGCGCAAGAAAAUGAAAGAUAUGGAGGUGGAACACAAUGAUUGCACUGAGCUGCUGAGGCGCCAGGCCAAUGAGCUUGAAUAUAGUGCUGAACGAGAGGAGCGGCUUAAAAAAGAACUUGAAGCAGCUACAGUGAGAAUAAAGAAACUGGAAGAAAACAUUGAAGCAGAGAGAGCAGCACAUUUGGAAUCCAAAUUCAAUUCAGAGAUCAUCCAGUUAAGAAUUCGAGACCUUGAAGGAGCUUUGCAGGUGGAAAAAGCCAGCCAAGCAGAAGCUCUUUCGGAUUUAGAAAUAAUCAAGAAAGAGUUCAAAGAGGUGGAAUAUGCAUAUGAGAGAGAAAAACACAAUGCCCAAGAAAACUUGGAAAAGCUCAAUGUAUUAGAAAGAGAGUGUUUCUCCACAAACAAGCAAAUGAAUGAGAAGAUUGAAGAAAAGAAGAAGGUAAUUAAAGACCUCUCUGAGAGACUAGGGAAUAAUGAAAAAACCUGCAGAGAAUUACAGGAGGAACUUGCAAAGGCCAAGAAACACCAGGUCUUUCUAACAGAGACGUAUGAAAACAACAUGAGAGAGCUGGAGUUACUCUUGGACAGCUUUGCUAUGUCAGGCCAGCGGACAGCAGGCGCUUGUGAGGACAAAGAUAAACCUCCGAGCCUCUCUGUCCUUGAGACUUUGAGGUGUACCUUGACAGCUUACCAGAACAAGCUGGAAGAUAUGUCUAAUGAGCUUGGGAAAAUGAGGCCUUUGUGUGAAAAGAUGACAAAAGAACUUGAGAUAUCCAAAGAGGAAAUGUUUGCUUUAAGUCAAGACCUUAAGGAAGCUCAGGAUAACCUGGCUGAUGCCAAUAAAGAGUUAAAUCAUCUGCACACUCAGUGUGCAUACAGAGAGACUUUAAUGGGAACUUUAAAAAUGGAACUACAGAAUGUACAGCAAUGCUGGGAGAAGGAGAAAGUACAUGCCACAGAAUCUGAAAAUGAAAUCCAGAAGCUUACCAGGGCUUACCAGAAGGAUAUGGAGGACAAGCUAACCUUCCUCCAUAGCUUAUACCAGCGUUUGGUAGCAGGCUGUGUGCUUAUAAAACAACCAGAAGGCAUCCUGGAUAGAUUCUCUUGGUCUGAGCUUUGUGCAGUCUUGCAGGAGAAUGUUGAUGCCCUGAUCUUAGACCUCAGCAGGGCUAAUGAGAAGAUAUCUCACUUAGAAUAUGUUUGUAAGAACAAGUCUGAUACUAUGAAGGAGCUUCAGGAGAACCAGGAAGAUGCUUUUAGCAAAAUGGCUGAACAGAUGAAAGCACAGGAAAGCUGUUGGCAGAAACAAAAAAAGUAUCUGGAACAGCAAUACUCAGGUCUCCUUGGGGAAGUUCAUGCAAGGGCACAGGAAUACCAAGAAACAGCAGAGAAAAACAAGGAAAAAAUUUAUGUCCUUGAAAAAAGACAGGAGAAAUUGGCCCUUGAAAAUGUUUCUGUGAAAAAUAUGUUAAUGCAAGUUCAGAAGGAGCAUUCAUCUCUCCUGGCAGCCUGUGCACUAUUGGCAGGUGCCCUGUAUCCUCUCUAUAGCCGAUCUUGUGCUAUGUCUUCCCAAAGAGACCUUCUGCAGGAUCAGGUCAACAUUUAUGAAUUAGUGAACCAGGAGAUUAGGACCCUAGUUCAUGCUCUCUCUGAUGUAGCAGAAAACAAUCAAGAUGAAGCAAAACUGAAGAAAAGAACAUUCAAAGGCCUGAUUCAUGUAUUCCGAAGAGGUGUGAUUGCAGUUUUGGCAGCUAACAGACUUAAAGUGUUAGCCCAGUCUUCUAAUUCCCUCUUCUCCUGGGUAAAUGGCUUCAAAGAAGGCAUUGGAAUUCUCGUUUGUAUAGGAGACUCCAAAGGCAAGCGUAAUCUGUCAAGUUGCGAAGAAGAACAAAUUCACUGUGUUGAAGCACUCAGCUGGUUUACUAGUUCUAACCUCCUUGCUGCAAUAGUCAGUUCUGUCACUGAAUUACAGGAUGUUGUUAACAAAACAGAUCCAAAGCCCUGGCUUUCUGGACACUUAGUUGCAAGUGCAGCCAGGAACUCCUUUUCAAAACUUAUGGACAAGCUGAAUGUAAUAAUGGAGACUAUUCCACUAGACAGCAGCAGGAGUAUUACUCAUCUGGAGGAAGACUCUUUGGUACAGAGGCUGGCUCAUGGACUUCAUAAAAUAAAUACCCAGGCCUUGGAAGCUGGAUUGUGUGACAGACUGCCUGUUACGAAAAGCAUAGCAUCCUUGCAGAAGCAAAUAUUUGAAUUUACACAAAGACUUCAUACAGCAGAGGUGGAACGCCGUUCACUGCGCCUAAAACUUGCAGAAUUCAAGUGGAAUUUCAGUGAGAUGAAAAAAGAAGCUGACAAAGCCCAGAGCCUGCAAGAGCAAUUAAAUAUGUUUAAGCAGUCUAAAUUGAUCACCCAUGAGAGAUUUGAAAGUGCAUGUGAAGAAUUAAAUAAUGCAUUACAUCGGGAGCAUCAAGCACAAGUCCUUUUGAAUGAACAGGCGCAACAGCUACAGGAGUUAAAUAAUAAACUAGAAUUGCACUCCAGUGAAGAAGCAGAUAAAAACCAAGUCUUAAGUGAAACUGUAAAGAGACUCUCUGAGGCAAAGAUGGAGCUGAGAAGAAAAGAUCAAUCUCUGCGUCAGCUCAAUAGACUUCUUACCCAGCUGGAGCAGGACAAGCGUGGACUGAAAGAGAGCAUCCGUGAUGCAGAGAGUGCCCUCUGCAUGGCAGUGAAAGACAAAGAAUUGAUUAUUAGUCAUAUGAAAUCUGUGGAAGCCACUCUUCAUAAGGUCAGAGAUCAGACCUUGCUGUCACGGACUGCGGCAACCAGGAAUGACUUCACCCUGCAGCUACCCAAACUGCACCUAGAGACCUUUGCAGUGGAAAGGCUGAAGGGCAGGCCAGAGGUUGUAGCAUUUCAGGCCAUGAUUAAAAGUUUUAUGGAUAUCUACCAACUUGCAAGUUCCAGAAUUGACAUGUUAGUGAGAGAAGCAGCAUCUCAUCAGCUUCAUGGUGCAGCCCUAAAGUCCAAGCUCCAAACAGCUUGUCUUCAUGAAAGUGAGAGCUUACAACUGAAUCAAAGAAGAGUAAAAAAUGAAGGGGAAAAUACAGUAAUUUAUAAAGACGAUGAAGUGAGAAAAGUUUUGUGUGCACUGGAGAAAUGGAAAUUUGGGGAGCCAAAAGGAUAACUUUAACUGAAAGGGGCAGAAGGAAUCAAGAGGGAGUUCAAACAUCACCAUGGCUUCAAGCUAGGAAUUCAGCCUGAGCAGAGCUGUAUCCCAGAUUUUUUGGCAUUGUGAGAUGAACCUGACACAUCCUGCAGUUUUAUGCACAAUAGAGCCAGUUCUCAGUCUUCAGUCUAUUCCUUCAGCCUGAAUGUCACAUCCAGUCCCAAAAGAACAAUGGAAAAUGGAUUUUCAGGUUCUUUGUAUCAAUAAUCUUUUAGAAGGAAAAAAUUGCAUUAAUGUAAAAUGAUGCAAUUAAAGUGCAAUUUUGUUGCUACCUUUGAA